AUGCAAGUGCCAGGAAACCAACAGCAGGGGGUGCAGCAGAUGCAGCAGGGGACGCAGCAGCGGCAGCAGGGGGUGCAGCAGAUGCAGCGGGGAGCGCAGCAGGGGCAGCAGGGGGGGGAGCAGGGGCAGCAGGGGGGGGAGCAGGGGCAGCAGGGGGUGCAGCAAAAGCAGCCACGGCGGCAACAGCUGCAAGUGAGAGAAAACCAACAGCAGAAACAGGAUGCGGAGCAGGAGGAAUUUCAGGAGAGUAAACAGGAGGGCGAAUUGGAGGGCAAACAGGAGGCGCAGCAGGAGCAGCAGCAGGAGAAUGAGCAGCAGGAGCAGCAGCAGGCGUUGAUCCAUUACCAGCAGCAGCGGCAGCAACUAGAAGAAAGAAUAAAGCAGGAAUGCCCUGGAGUAGAGAAACUUGGACAGGAGACCUGGAGCUAUCUCGCUGCUCGUACGAUCGACGUUCCUGCUCUCCGCUUUUCCGCUCGUCGUCAUUCAACUGUUAGCGUCUCGCUCUUUCUGUCUAAUCCCAGCGCUGCCGUUCUCAGUAUUCAGUCUCCGAAAGCCGUCAGCAAGAAGCUCUCAGAGUCCGAUUUUCUCGGCGUCCCGCUCGUCAAGCGAAAUUCGCGAAGGCCGCGAACAGUAACAGCAGCAGCGGUGAAGGCGACGGCAUCAGCGGCAACACCGGGCGCAGCAAAUCUGCAGGGAGUGUCGGAAGAAGCUAUGGAGAAGCAGGGAAUUCUCGUCUACGGUGCCACAGGCACCACUGGCACGCUCAUAGCCCAAAAGAUCAAGGAGGUGGGCCUUCCAGCCACUCUCGCUGGGAGAAAUCUGCAGAAGCUACAGUCGAUUGGCAAGGCUGUUGAUCUGCCUGUAGCAGCAGUGGACUUGAACGAUACGCAGGGAUUGGUGGAGCUGGUGGGGAAGCACAAGGUGGUGCUGCACGUGGCUGGGCCCUUUACAAUCACGUCCAAGCCCAUGAUUGAGGCGUGCAUCAGCACUGGCACCCACUACCUCGAUGUCACUGGGGAGUUCAAGGUGAUGGAGCAUGCGCGCACAUAUGAUGCCACAGCCAAGGAAAAGGGCAUUAUGAUUCUCCCUGCUGUCGGCUUUGACGUUAUUCCGGGAGACUGCCUGGCAGGGUACCUAAAGGGCAAGCUGCCUUCAGCAACGGAGCUUCACCUUGCCACUUUCUUUUCCACCACUGCUCCUGGCGAGGACCCUCUGUCCAAACCACCCAACGCCCUGCCGUCCCACGGCACGCUGAUCUCGGGCGCCAAGCACAUUCUGCCCAUGGGAGGGCUGGUGCGCAGGAAUGGAGCUAUUGUGAAGGAGGCUAUUGCGAAAUAUGGUCGCUCCUUCCUUAUUCGCAAGGAGCUUCCGCCUCUCUCCACCAUGUCCUUCCCAGCAGCUGAGCUCUUCAGCACCUCCCUCUCCACCUCCAUUCCCAACAUCACUGUCUACGUGCCAGGUAAAUCUUCCUGGGUGACGUCACUGUUCAUCCGCAUCAUUCAGUUCGCCGCCCGGGUCUGGCCCUUCACCGUCCUCCUCGAGAAAGCCAUCCGAAUGCUGCCCACCCCAGACACCACCCCGGGUCACAGGGUUAACACGGGUAUGGCAUGUGCAGGGGAGGUGGUAGACACGACCAGCAACAAGAGGCACAGGGCCUCUGUAAUUGUAGGGGAAGGGUACCACUUUACGGCGAGCUGCAGUGUGGAAGUGGCACGGAGGGUGUUGCAAGGGGAGUUCAAGCCUGGUUACCAGACACCAGCGACAGCAUAUGGAGCUAGCCUGGUGCAGGAGAUUCCAGGAGAGAGGGUGGAGAUAGUGGAUUUGGACUAG